AUGCCAAUCAAACCUAUUGGGUGGAUAUGUGGACAGGUGUUGAAGAACUUUUCUGGAAGAAUCGAGGGGAUCCAGAAAGUAAUCAUGGACCUUGUAGAUGAGUUUAAAGAUGAAUUCCCUACCAUCCUAAGAUUAUCGCAGUCUAAUCAGAAAAGAGGACCCACGCAGAAAACACCCAAACUCAGGAUGGCUAUUGCUUUAAGCAACAUUAAUCGGGGAACAUUAAUUCGAGGAUUAAGCAGCAUAUCCAGAUCCUCCAAAUCAGUGGCCGAACUUCUGCAGCCUCAGCUUUCAUGUAGACUUUUAGAGCUAAGGGACAUAGCUUGUCGUCUGCUGAGAGAAGUUAAUGCGCCAAGGCAACCCCUAUAUAACAUGCAGGCGGCCUGCAUCAAUGCUGUGCUGGAGAAAGUAAAGAACAUUAUCCAAGAAGAAGAAUCCAUACGGCAAAACAGAGAGGAGAAUGAAAAUUUUAGAAAAGCUUUUUCUGAGCCUGUGCUUUCGGAGCCUAUGUUUCCUGAUGGUGAAAUCAAAGUAAAACCUUACAGGUCAUUGCCAGAGAAGCCAGACAACAUUUCAGAUCACCUCAAGCUUCCUUUUAAUAAGCAGAGUAAUAAGAUCCAGGUUUUACAUUCUGUGUUUGACCAACCAACUGAAACGAAUGAAUGA